AUGGUGUACAAAUGCUUCGGACGGGCCUCCCGCUGUUCCGGCGGACCUCCCGGGUCUUGCGCACCCGGGCGAGACCCUGCGACGGUUACGUGCAACGACUGCCUCCCGGGGCGAAUGCCGCUUCAAGACGGAUCCUGCGGGCCCUGCAUCGCCACGUCCUUUGCCGUCUUCGGCUUCGUCGUCCUGGCCCUGGUGUUCGGCAUCGCCUUGGUCUAUGUCGUUUUGGCGCUCCACGCAGACCGGGCGACACAACCAGGGCAUUUGUUCCUGGGCGUCGUGGCUGUAAGUCAGCUUGUGACGCUGAUCCAGCAGCUGGUCGUAGUGAGCAAGCUGGGCAUCGAGUGGCACGCGCCCGUCGAUGAGAUUCUGAAGUCCCUCGCCAUUUUCGGCGUGGACUUGGACAUGAUUGCAUUGCCGUGCGUUGCGACAGUGGGUCCGGUCCUGAAGUACGUCCUCACUGUGUCGGUUGCCCCCAUUCUGGCCGGCAUUGCUCUGGCAUUGCACCUAUCAGCUGUUGCCUACAAAAGGUAUGUCUGGCAAGGUUUGAAGGUGAGGCUGGAUUCGAUCCAGCUGCUGCGGACACUGGGAUCCCUCGUGUCGCUGCUGUUCAUCGGAAUCUUCACGGCCUUGGUGGCGCCCUUUCAGUGUAACUCCCACCCCAACGGCCGGAAGACCAUCCAACAGUAUGCCUCGGUGUUUUGCAACCUGCGUGAUGCACACCUGCAGAUGAGUGUGAUCGGCGCAGUGGCGUGCUUGAUGCCACUGUGCUUUCUGGCCGUGUGCAUCUGGAUCAUCUGCGUGGAGCUUCCAAAACGGGUGCUGCGGGCCGAUGCCACCUACUACCGGGCCUGCUCAUUCCUGUGGCUGCGCUUUCGGCCUGGAGGGGAGCGCUUCGCCAUCUUCAUGCUGGUUAGAAAUGCGCUGAUGGUGCUGUGCCCGUUGCUUCCAUCUGUCUCGGUGAAGCUGGCGGCGCUGAACGUGCUUCUCUACUUGAGCCUGAUCGCGAUGACCUUGAGCCAACCUUGGCGGGUUCCUGCGAGCAAUGUGCUGGACACGCUGCUCCAUGUGGGUUUGCUGGUGGUGCUCUACAUGGCCUCCCUCUUCGCCGGCCACGGCGUGGACGAUGCCAGCUUGGUCCAGGCAACUGCCAUCUCCUUGUUCUUCAUGCUAAUGAUGCCAGUGGCAGUUGCCGUCGUCGUUCUCUAUGGCUUGGGCCUCCACUUUGUCCGCCGGAGCCGGAAGCCCUGGCAUUUCUUCCUCUCCCAUCACAAGCGCGCCGCCGGCAGCUUCGCGCGCCUUCUGAAGAUCCAGCUGCAGCAGCGCAAGCAGCGGGGCGCCGCCCUCAAUGCUUUCCUGGACACCGACAACCUGCGGGAUCUGACGGAACUCUUCAACUUCGUGCAGGACUCCGAGACCUUUGUCAUCCUGGCCAGCCCGGGAAUCUUGGCGCGCAAAUGGUGCGUGGGCGAGAUCGUCACCGCCAAAUUGCACAAGGUUCACACUGUGAUCGUCAGAUGGCCAAACUUCACGGACCCCACUGCGACCAUGCACGAGAAUCUAUCAUUCGCCAUUCCUGGCGUUGAGGCCCUGACAGCUUACAGCAUCUCCCUCCAUGAUGUCUCCAGCACCUUACGCUGGAUCAAGACUCUGGAAUCUUUCUCUUUCCCUCAUUCACUGGAUGCGGAGAGUAUUGGCAAGAUCUGCGAUGCCUUGACGGGAGGGGUGCUGCCAUCUCUAUCAUCUCUGGAGAGAAAGACGGCUCGCCCAGAUUGCGUCAUUCUGGUGGACCCUAGAAAUCAGGAGGCGGUUGCAACAGCGCAUGUGCUCUUGGAACUCCUGAGACUAGGAAAAGAAGUUCGGCUGUCUCCAGUGGUCCUGAAGGCCGGGGACCGCGUCCCAGACUACGUGGCGAAAGCGCUCCUCGUUUGCUCCUCGGGGUGCUUCCAGUCAGAGGCCCUUGCAUCUUGGCUCAUCCGCCUUCCCACGCCAAAGUGUGCCAUCCUACCCAUCCUAGCAGAGCCCGAUUUCGCCGUGCCCACCGAGCCCUUUGAGAACGCGGCGGCCGGAGUCGCGGGAGCCUUCACCGACUCCGAGCGCGCCGCCUAUGCGCAGGUGCUGGAAGUCGUCUUCCAGGAGAUUGCGAGCGUCUUGGCGCCGCAGUCUUACUCCAGCACCCAAGAAGAUUUGGAGCUGCGCGCGAAGCAGAUAGCGUUCCGCUUGCAGUCGAAGGGCUCUAGUCGGAGAAUAGACACUGGCUCAGUGCGAUCCAUUCCCGGGGAGGUCAGCGAGGGCUUGUUCCGGAUUUAG